GCUCUUCGCUUGGCUUAACGCCCUUCCCCGAAUGCCGCGACGAGCAGCAACAGAGAAGAAUUAUCUCGCACAGAUGCGGGAGCUGAAGGCUUAAAAACAACGAAGAACAUUUUUUACGUUAUCUCAGCCAUCGUAUCAAAACCGAACAGCAGCAGCAAUAACGGCACAACGCGGCGCUUUCCCCACCGGUUGUCGCGGGCGCGCUCGCUGAUGCGCCUGGUGCUCAUCUUUCUCGUCACAUUCGUCGUUGUCUUCUUUAUUGCGGUGCACUUUUUGAAGACGAAGAAGGUCAGUAAUACAGUGCUGCUCCCGUCGCGCAAAAUGGAAGGCGUCGAGGAUGUGAACUCGGAGAACUACGACGAUGUGGUGGGGCACGACCGCUACGUGCUGAUCGAGUUCUACGCGGACUGGUGUGGCCACUGCAGGGUCUUCUCCCCGACGUACGCCAAAUUCGCCAAGUACGUGCAGCAUCGCCCCGACUUAGUCUCCCGCCUCAUCGUGGCGAAGGUGAACUCUCCCGAGAACGUGCGCAUAGAGCAGCGCUACAAGAUUGAGGGCUACCCGACGGUGCUGCUGGUGCCGCCGCACUCGCACACCUGGGUGGAGUUUCAGCACUCGCGCGACGUCAACGGGCUUACGCAGUUUGUAGAGGAGCAACUCGCGUAA